AUGACUGACGAGGAGCUCGACCGUGACUGGAAGCCCAAUGGCCGCCGACCGCAGUCAACAAUUGCGCGGUCCUUCUCCGCAGAGCUGAUGGACAUUUUCCGCAUCGAGAACAGUGUGGCCGACUUGGAUGAGCAAGUGGACAAGCGGAAGCAGACCCUGAACAACCAGACAACCGAGCUACAGGCCCUCGAGGCGCGCAUCAAGGAGAUGGAGGCACGGCUCAAGACCCAGGGCAAGGACCGGCCAAGCGGCUCCGACCAGCAGCAGAAAUCUCCCGCCACCAGCCCACGACACCAGCGUGCGCCCCUGAGCAACGCUUUUGGCGAGCAGCCCCCUCCGCCCGUGGAGAAGGACCUCCCUCUGCGGGGCGACCAGAAGUACGGCGGCAGCAGGCCCGGCACGGCGAGAGCCAGCCAACAGGCGGUGCCGGGGGCCCUGCCGCCCACCCCGACCGCCAGUGAAGGUGAAUAG